AUGGAGGUGGUGUUGCUCUACCUGUGCGGCCUGCUGGCCCCGGCGGUCCUGGCCAAUGCUGAGCAGGAGAAAGAAAAGGACCCUUUUCAUUAUGACUACCAGACCCUGAGGAUCGGGGGAUUGGUGUUUGCUGUGGUCCUCUUCUCGGUGGGGAUACUGCUUAUCCUAAGUCGUAGAUGCAAGUGCGGUUUUAACCAGAAGCCGCGCAACGGAGCCCCAGAAAGCAGAGAACUGAAGUGCAGCCCUCAGGUGAGUGGUGGCAGCCCCAAGGAGGACGUGGACCCAUUCUCCUAUGACUAUGAGACUGUCCGCAACGGGGGCCUGAUCUUCGCUGCCCUGGCCUUCAUCGUGGGACUUAUCAUCAUCCUCAGCAGACGAUUCCACUGCGGGGGCAGGAAGAAGCAGCGGCAAGUUCACGAAGAUGAGCUGUAA